AUGACUGACAGCCGCCGGCCCUUCGCCCGGUCUUCCAUUACGUAUAUAGAAGAAGAAGAAGAAGAAGAAGAAGAAGAAGAAGAAGAAGAAGAAGAAGAAGAAGAAGAAGAAGAAGAGGAGGAGGAGGAGGAGGAGGAGGAGGAGGAAUUAUGGUUCGAGCUCAAACAGAAGGGAAUGGGAAGAAGAAGAAAAAGAAGAAGAAGCAGAAGAAGAAAUAGAAGAAGAAAAAGAGGAAGAAGCAGAAGAAGAAGAAGAAGAAAAAGGAGAAGAAGAAGAAGAAGAAGAAGAGGAAGAGGAGUAGGAAUCAGGAUUCAAGCUAAAGCAGAAGAAGAAGAAGAAGAAGAGGAGGGGAAGGAAAAAGAAGAAGAAGAGGAGGAGGAGGAGGAGGAAUUAGGGUUCGAGCUCAAACAGAAGGGAAGAAGAAGAAGAAGAAGAAGAAGAAGAAGAAGAAGAAGAGGAGGAGGAGGAGGAGGAGGAAUCAGAGUUCAAGCUAAAGCAGACAGGAAUGGGAAGAAGAAGAAGAAGAAGAAGAAGAAGAAGAAGAAGAAGAAGAAGAGGAGGAGGAGGAGGAGGAGGAGGAGGAGGAGGAGGAGGAGGAGGAGGAGGUGGAAUCAGGAGUCGAUCAAGCGGCCAUACUUCAGCCUCCCGGGAGAACUAGGAAUGUUUAUGACUGCUCCUUUCUUCUUCUUCUUCUUCUUCUUUAUUCAUCAGGUCAUAACUGUACCUCAGAUCGAGGCAAGUCCGGCCCAAUUUGAAAGCACCAAGAUCUCUCACCUGUACGCCUCGAAUCCUCUCACCUGGAAGUCUCGAGUCCUUUCUCCUGUAAGUCUCGAGUCCUCUCACCUGUACGUCUUGAGAUCUCUCACCUGUACGCCUCGAAUCCUCUCAAUUGUACGUCUCGAGUCCUUUCACCUCCGCAGCGAAGACUAUAUUGGGUCACAACCAAACAAUCCCACAGCAACACAAAACGACCAGAGACGUAACAACAACAGCAAGAACAACACAAGGGGUUAUUCGACGCCAUUAUGCGUGACAGAGGAAUUCCAGGUAUUUGCCAGGGCUUUUCUACACCAACAACCAGAACAACAACAGCAAGAACAAGAACGUCAGCCAGAACCUCAACAACAACAAGAACAACAACAGCAAGAACAACAUCAACAAGAACUCAACAACAACAAGAAUAACAACAGCAAGAACAACAACACCAACAAGAACUCAACAACAAGAACAACAGCAAGAACAGUAACAUCAACAGGAACUUCAACAACAACAAGAACAACAGCAAGAACAACAUCAUCAGCAAGAACGCAAAAACAACAAUAA